AUGGCGGCGCCGCCCGCUCCCCAGCCGCGCCUGCGCAACCGCGCAGCCGCAGCGCGCAGGCGCGAGGCGGGCGGCGCGGCCGCUGUUGCCGGAAGCGCCGCGCGGGGCAUGUUGGCCCUCGCCGGCCUCCGUGGGCGCGCGGCCGCCAUGCCCCGCAGGGGCAAGGGCGGCGCGGAGGAGGCAGCCGCGGCCCGGCCGGCCGCCCCCGCGGGGCCCGUGGCGGCGGGCGGCGAUGGCUCCGUGCGGGUGACCGUGCGCGCCAAGCCCGGCUGCCGGCGCAGCGCCGUGACAGAUGUGACAACUGAGGCAGUAGGUGUAGCUAUUGCUGCACCUCCGUCAGAUGGAGAAGCAAAUGCAGAGCUGUGUCGCUACCUCUCUAAGGUGCUAGAGGUGAAGAAGAGUGAAGUUGUUUUAGAGAAGGGUGGUAAAUCACGUGACAAAGUGGUGAAGAUUUUGGUAUCGAUGACACCAGAUGAGAUAUUAGAAAAACUGAAAAAAGAAGCUUCCAGUUGACCUAAAACCAGAGCAGGAAAUGGAGCAAUGCGUCUUGGUAAAUUAUAUAAAUCUGGUCCUAUGGGAAUGUGGAUAAUGCCUAGGGAAAGGUAAUAUUGCCCCUCUUGUUAAUACAGCUGCUGCUUAGUUGAAGUGUUUGUGUAGGUCUCGGUCUUCACCUUUGUCACUGUAUGUAGUAAAAUUGGAAAAAUUUGUCUUUACAGAGGUUCCAGGUCUGAUUCAGUCAGUACAGUUUUAUUUUUUUGUUUUAUUUUUUCCCCUCUGGAGAGUUUCUUGCUUGUAAGAUUUGUCCACUUAAUAAACAGUUCAGAGAUCAUUUAGAAAUGCCAUGCAAAAGGAUAGAUGAAUCUAGUUGAUGAAGAGCAUAAAGAGCGUUCUCUGUAAUAUCUGGUGGCUGACAUAGGAUGCAGUUCUCCUGUUACUUGCACAUCUGUAUAUCUAAAUUAAAGUUAUUUGAAGCCAGUAUCCUUUGUUGCACACAAGCAAGC